AUAUAAUACACUAUAGACAUAUGAAAAAACACAACACAUAUGACAUCAGUCUAGUCGAUACAAAGAUACAAGCAUGAAUAAGGUUCUGAUGCUAGCAUUCCUAGCAGUUGCACUCCUCUCCGUGGAAACCAAUGCAAACCUCCUGCAAUUCUGCGGGAUGGUAUCGCACUAUACGAAACGCAGCUGCUUUGACUACAUAAAUUACGGCUGUUGGUGUGGACUGGGGGGAAAAGGAAAAACCGUAGAUGAAAUAGAUGAGUGCUGUAAAGCCCACGAUAGAUGCUACGGAAAGAACAGAAAAUGUAAUCCAAAAUGGAACAUUUAUAUCAGAUUCUGGAACCGUUGUUGGAACAAGAAGGGAUCUUGCGACUACAACGUUUGUAUGUGUGACGAGGAGGCAGCGAAAUGCUUUGCAAAGCACAAAUAUGAUAAAUCUCAUUGGGGUUACAGAUCAAAGGGACAAUGUUUGAAAUAAAUACAGAAAAUGA